GUACAUUAAUAUCAGAUGUCUGAGAGGGGGCGGAAGGAUACCUUUCAAAGCACCAAAAUAACAAGGGUUACAAUAGCAUCUCUCUCCAUUGAAUAUAGUCGGUUGACGUCAACAACCCUUAUCGAAUAUUCAAAAACCGAUUACAAUAAUCACAUAUACACCAAUAUAAGGAAAGGAUAGACGGGAGCUAGACAGCCGCUGUGCUGCUUUGCGGACAACGACUCCCAUUGUGAGGGCAAUAUAUCCAUAAUCUUUGGUUUACCCUCUGAUCAUAGCUGCUGUGGAUUUUAUUUUUUCAAAAGUUAAAUGACAAGACAGACUGGACCAUCGUAGAAUUGUGUGCAAAAAGAUGGGCAGUCUUCGACAGAUGGGUAGACGCAAGCAGAUACUUGUCCUAGCUAUUUUCGGUUUCUGUCUGUCAGCAUCAGUGAUGAUCUCCUUCAUAUUCCACUAUUGCACAACAGAGGAAGACACAGAUCAAUUAGUUCCUCAGCCAAUAAGAGCCUUACCAUCCACCAGUCCCAGACAACCCAAUUGCAUCUGUCAGGGAAGCGGAGUGUUUGUACUGAAAGAUCAUCUUCCAAAAGACCAGUAUGAUGACAUAGUCAAACGAAGAGCUGAGGAGUACAGGAAGCAUCAUAUCAGGACAAGCUCCAGUCUGAACAGGCUUAUCUUUGCUCCAUCCAACUCCCCUCUUCAGUAUCCCAUCCAGGGGUUCACUGUUGUCCCUCUUCGGAAGACAUUGAUACCAGGUUUAGCUCUCCAUGCAGCAAAAAGACAAAAUUACAAGGUGACUCUGAGUGUGUCCAGUGGUGUCCUGGCCAUCGAGGCCCUUGGAGAGGGGGACAAAGAGGGACAGGGAGAGAAAGAGAUCACUGUCCAGUCUACCAGCCUAUCUGACCUCAACAAUCUUCUGGGACAAAUUACCUACACCAGCACUGUGUACCGAAUGAGGACUGGCGAUCUGGCUCACUUCACGUUUGAACUCCAUGAGGCUGUCUUCCCCAUUGUCAUCCAGCAGACAUCAGUGCCUGUUUUAUAUGACAUAGGAAACGAUAUCAACUACCGGGUGACCAUCGUCACCAAGACGUUUCUGAGAUACACCGAGCUGCAGGUCCUCAUCAGUAGCAUAAGGACCUAUUACAAGGACAUCAAAAUCAUCAUCGCCGACGACAGCCUGGAGCCACAGAAAGUGAACGGCUCCAACAUUGAGCAGUACAUCAUGCCCCCAGCACAGGGCUGGUUUGCUGGCAGGAACCUGGCUGUCUCUCAGGUCACUACCAAAUAUUUCCUCUGGGUCGAUGACGACUUCCUGUUCACAGACAAAACCAAGAUUGAGAAUCUGGUGGAGGUGAUGGAGGCCACACCAGAACUAGAUGUGGUGGGCGGCUCUGUGGCGGGCCACGGCCAGUUCUACUUCUCUUUGGUGUACGAGGAGGGUAGUGGGGAGGACGGGGGUUGUCUGAACAGAAAGAGUGCAGUGAAAUACCAACCUGUUCCAGGCUUCCCCACCUGCUCCUUCACCAGCGGGGUGGUCAACUUAUUCCUUGGUCGCACAGAUGCUGUGCGCAAAGUGGGCUUUGACCCCCAGCUGAAGAGAGUGGCGCAUUCAGAGUUCUUCAUGGAUGGGUUGGGCAGUUUGCUGGUUGCCAGCUGUAGUCAUGUCGGCAUCGACCACCAACCCAAAAUUGAAAACGCAAAGUACUCGUCAUUCCGAAAUCCACAAUCAAAAGACGUAGAAGACAAACUAGCCCACCACUUCUUCAAGAACCACCUGAAAUGUAUCCGUUAUGGAUAGUUUACAAAGAAGUAAACAGUGAAAAUAGUGGCGCAAUAGUGAGGUGCAAUAUUCCAAAUAUGUAGUCGAGGCAUCCCAUCUGUAGUGGCGCAGUUCUCUUAAAAAAAAUGUCAAGCCACAGGUAUCUACAGGAAGCAAAUGAGCAUGAGGCGAUCGUCGGGUUGGAAAAUGUAACCCAUAUG